UUUUAAUUUUGUGAUAACGCGCGGUGCAUGGAAUUAAAAAGUUUAACCGGAAAAUAUUUUUUUAUGAAGUAGCAAUUUCAUGUUAAAAUUUGUUUUAUAAAGUCUACAAAUAUGAUUUGUAAUACGUGGAAGAAUAUACGAAAAGGCAUUCCGAUGUUCGUGGCCGUUGUGUUGUGUUGCAUGAUUAAUCGGGUACAUGCAGAAGAAACCAUCACCACGUCAGAUAAAACACAGCUGAUUAUGAACGAAAAAAUUUAUUCCAAUAUCUUCGUUCGCAAACGAGAAGAACAAAAAUUGGUGGUAAAGCAUUUGCUAUCGACUGAGGAAUACUCAAAACGAUAUGACCUCUUAAGUCUGGCGUUAAAAGAAAUACUAAGGCUAACCCAAGAAGAUGGCGAAAAACUUCGACUAGCAAACAUUUCCUCAGAUGUCGACUUCCCGAAGGAAACUGAACUGGCCGAAGCACUCGCCCGGUAUCUUGAAAAUAGUUGCUUUUUCGGUGAACUGAUUCUACACCUUCCGGAUAUGUCCUACCGAGUGCUGAAAACGCACGACGGAUGGCGAGAUCGCGUCCUCGAAGCGCUCCACUUCACUCGUUCGUUUGUACAAAUUUUGGAUCAGAAAAGCUUGGAAUUGUUAGGACUUUUGGAACAAGAGAUAGAUGAAAGCAAACGAUCGGAUACCUACGUCAAUCCGUAUCGGGAAAAGGCGCCCGAGAAAGAAAGCAACCGUGCAGCAUCCAAAACUUCCAAAAUGCCGAAAGCAAAGCUCAAAAAAGGACCACAGCUUGCGGGAGGUAAGACUGAACUAUAACUUUUACGAUAGAAAUUGGAAUUCUUGUUAAAA